AUAUGCUGCUUCCAACAUAGGAUGCUGCAAGUGUCGCUUCGUCGGGUGGGUCCCAAAGGAUUUGUAUAAAUACUCAAUAGACUGCUGUUGGAUUGUGCAAUUCAGGUUUCGCAAGCGUCUUUCUCAAUCUAGGAAGUUUCUGCGCAGGCUUGAGUUUCGGAAAUGGGUGCUGUCAAGAGAACAGAUGGAGCCAAAUACGAUUGCUUGCUUUUUGACAUGGAUGAUACCCUCUAUCCAUUGAGUUCGGGCCUUAACUUAGCCUGUCGCAGGAACAUUGAAGAAUACAUGUUGCACCACCUUCAUAUUGAAGAAAGCGAAGUUCCAAGGAUGUGCUUCGAAUUGUAUAAGGAAUAUGGAACAACCAUGGCUGGUCUCAAGGCAUUGGGUUAUGAAUUCGACGAUGAUGAAUUUCAUGAAUAUGUUCAUGGGAGAUUGCCAUAUGAAACACUGAGGCCUGACCCGGUGCUGAGGAACCUUUUAUUGUCCAUGCCGCAAAGGAAAAUCAUCUUCACAAAUGCUGACAAAGCCCACGCUGCUCAAGUUCUCAGUAGGCUGGAAUUGGAAGAUUGUUUUGAAGGCAUUAUAUGCUUUGAAACACUCAAUCCACCUCUUAAGCCUGAUGAUGAUGAGGUGGAAAAUACUUCGCCUUUGACUGAUGAUUGUCCAGUUGAACAAGAGGAGCAUGCGGCUGAACAAGAGGAACAUGCAUUCUUCACCGAAGGUGAUUCAGAGACCGAAGCCUGCAAAUGCACCCAAGCAAAUCAUUUGGGACCCAAAUCACGAAUUCUUUGUAAACCCUCUUUGGAAGCAAUGGAAGCUGCUAUUCGAAUUGCCAACAUUGAUCCGAAGAAAACAAUUUUCUUCGAUGAUAGUGUUCGAAACAUAGCGUCGGGCAAGGCCGCAGGCUUUCAUACUGUUAUCAUGGGGAGCUCUGAACUGGUACCAGGGGCAGAUGUUGCUCUGAAUAGCAUACACAACAUCAAAGAAGCAUUGCCAGAGAUAUGGGAAGGUGACGGAGAAGAUCAGCUGGAGGCCGUGGGCCCUGCCACCACUGUAGAAACUGCAGUCCUUGCUUGAAAUCCCCAUAUAUGUGAACCCAUCUUGCAAAUAUUAGUGUUGCAAUGAGGGGAAGCCUGUCACCUAACUAAAUAAGUUUGGAAAUAUUUAGAAAAUUAAUUUAGCUGGUCAAUUGAUGUUGUCUCCCAUUUCUCCUCGAUGAAUCUGGUGAGAGAGAGGGAGAGUGUUUUGACAACAAAAAAAAAAAAUAGUAUGAAAAUUGAAGGCCAUCAAGAAAUGUGUAACAUUUGAAGCAUUUCCUUCUAUUCUCCCAAAGAGUGAUUCCAAUUCUACUAGUGUGUAUCA